AGCAAAUACCUACCGAGGAGCAGAGACGAAAAGGAAUACCUUUAAUUGCUUUUUUUUUAAAAAAAAAAAACUCCUUUUGACACACACCACUUUGGAUCAUUUGUUUAAAACCAUCUGAGGGGGCGUUGAAAGAAAACAGUCAUCUGCAUAAUUUGUUUUCCCCUUCUACCCUUUUCCCUGGGAGAGACGGACUUCUAAGUGCAUCAUUAUGUUGAACAAUAUGGAUUUGAAUGCGAAAGAUUCCUUUUACCCUCAAUUUGAUAAUUGCAACAGUUCUUCCUUGGGGAUGGAAAACAGCGUGCGGAAAGAUAACCAGGAGGUGUAUGUCGAUGCAGAGCGGGGGGUACCUGCCCAGUUUGGCCACGAAGGAACCCCAGCCACCCUCAAAACCGAAGCUUCCAACUCGGAAUUUGCUUUUAACCCCUGCGAGUGCCCAAAAGACACCUACACCCCCUCCUCGCUCGCCUACUCCGGCAGUUUCUAUGUUGAAGCAUCUCAGGGAGCGCCAUGCAGCACCGAAACACUUCUCAAUAUGAUCACCGAGAUCGUGGGCAUAUCCACACUGCCACUUUCUGAAGUGCAACAGAGCGGCAACAGUCGGGGAACUUAUCCAUCCCCUGCGCCCCUGGACAGCAGCAAUGGUAAUUUUGGAGACGUCAAGAGGCAACCCUACAUCUGCUCCGGACCCACUCCUCCUGUGUAUUCUCCAGAUGAGUCGUGCCAAAGGUAUAGUGAUGAUCAGGCCGGCAGCCAGGCCCAAGACCCGUCCACUUCCCAGCUCAGCUUCGGCUCCUCCCGAGCUGCAAACCAGAAGAAGGCUGAACCAAAGUCAGAGGCCGCCUCUUUCCCCGUUGUGGUCAAAAAUGAAUUCGAAAGCAGCUGCUAUGAGUGGGGAACAUUUAAUAAGUCUGACUGUUUGGAGACGAGUUUCCAGACUGAGACGUUCCCGAUGUCAAGUGAUUUCCCCCCCGACCAGCAAAUGGAUGUAAAGGAACUUUUAGACACGUUCCCCCCAAUUUGUCCCAACCCAGAGAUCGAGUUUAAAGUGGAGGGAGGUAUCAAGCAGGAGCCGUGCUUCUCUGACACCUGUUCCCAGAGCUACUCCAGCCCCCUGUACAAUAAUUACCUCCCCCCACCACCGCCGAUGGGCCUCUCCUCUAACCUGAAACCCUUCCCCGAGCCUCCACAGCCGUCUAAUCAGUGCGAUUCCAUAUACACCUCAACAGCUUUACCGAGCACCAUAGACUCCAUCCUGUAUUCUUCCUUGUUGCCAGAUUCUUUUGCCCAAAGUUACACCACCCGCGCGACGAAACCCACCAGGGCCAGAAAGAGCCCCGCCGCCUCCCACGGCACAGCCAAAGAGAAACCCUUCACCUGCCCCAUGGAGAGCUGCGACCGGCGCUUCUCUCGCUCGGACGAGCUCAAUCGGCACAUCCGCAUCCACACGGGCCACAAACCUUUCCAGUGCCGCAUAUGUUUGCGCAGUUUCAGCCGUAGCGACCACCUCACCACCCACACCAGGACUCACACCGGGGAGAAGCCGUUCUCCUGCGACGUGUGCGGCAAACGGUUCGCCCGCAGCGACGAGCGAAAGCGGCAUGGACGCGUACAUCUGAAACAGAAGGAGAAAAUGGAAAUUAAGCCACAGGUGAGCACGAGCGCAUGGCCAUUCACUCUUCCCGAGGGCAUUUGAAGGCGAGGGCCGCGCGUCCACACAUACAAUAGUAGGAUCUUUCCGUCUUGGAAGAUGAGCCAGCUGACUACAAGUUGAUGUCUGAGUGGGUUUGACUGGCAAGUCAAUGCCUAACUUGAGAGGUUUUGUUCGAAUAUUCGCGUUUUUUUUUUCUUUCUUAAUGAGGAGAGAGGUGGGAAGAGGACUGCUACGGCCUUACUGCCUGCUGCUGCUGAUGCUGACUAUAUGCAGAGAUGCAUUAGUUCUAAAAGUCGGUGAACAGAUCAACAGUGACUUGUUGCUGUGUCUGUCAGUGGAGCCAAACCUCUCUGCUCUGCAUUGCAUGACUGCUGUUCAGCACCUCUUCAUCUGGACAGCUCCAGCCUCCAUUCGCCUCUGCGCAUGGACGGAUUGCACUUAUAGAUGAUCAAUAUCUCCAUUUAAGAUUCUUAUUUUCUGCUUUCGGCAUUCUUAGAGCAAUGGUUCGGACUAUAUUUCUUAAAAUGCAUGUUUAUCUGUUUAUUUUCCUUUAUCCGGAAUAUCAACCACUGUCAAGGUACUCCUUCACUAACACAGUGAAGGUUAUUGACAUGAAUGUAGGCUAACAAAUUUAUGGCUUUGACCAUAAAGCUGUCCAUCUUUGAUCAAAUUUAGUGUUUGUUUAACUUCUUAUCAUUUUGCUGUCAGUGUUUUUUGUCAUUGGUCUUUGUGUUGUGUUACAAUUGUUUGGAUUAUUACAGUUGUGAAAGAUAUAUCAUAAAUGGGAAAUAAAUAUAUUUGUAUUACUGUACUUCUUUGUAUUUUUAUAGCUAACUGUAUAUUUUACAAUUAUCAUAUUUGAGCGUCCUUUUUAAGGUGAAAUGUAUUCUAAAUCAUAAAUAAUGUCUUGGUUUUCGAGGGCUAUUGUUCAGUAACACAAUAUUUUAAUUGUUACAAUUUGAUAUCGGAAUCAUCAUUUUCGCACUUCAUCCCAUUGUUGGUAUGAUGAUUUCAUUGAACUGUUGAUUUUGAUUUAAAAGGGAGUGUACACUAGUUGUGGUAUGGCUUUUCGGCAAAAAUGAUUUUACGGUAUGUUUAGUAGAAAUAUGUUUUAUCGAGCUAGAAACGACUAGCAAGUCAUAGAAACAUUGCUUUUAAGUAAUCAGGUAGCACACAUUGCUGCGAGUUUCCGUAGACUUUACCUUGGUGAUGAGAGGUUUUUGACUCCUGGUGUCUUUUGCUGGGGAUACUAUAUGCCGAAAUAUUCACUUUAGCAAAAAAUGAAAUAAAUAACAUAAAAAAAAAUAAAUAAAUAAAAAAUAAAAACAACAGCUAAAACACACACACACAACGUUGAGAGUUUGGUGAAACUGUCACCAACAGGGUACUGCAAAAAGUAAUCUAACUCGCCUUAAGUUAUAUUAACUGUUCAAGUAAAGAUUUUGUACAUACACAGUUUCUACAAUACUUUAAAUUAAUAUUGAUGUUGUUAUUUUUAUGAAAAGUUUAUGAACAAAAUAAACAUUUUCUGCAAGCAGCA